GUCUCAUCGCGCGGUGACUCACGAAGCGAAGUACACGGGAUUCCCCGUUUUCAUCUCUCCGGGGCGCUUUCGGGACCGCCGGAGUCGGACGUGGACCGCGUGAGACCCGCGAGGAAUUGGCGACCGUUCGAUUCGCCCGAAACUGCCCCCGAGAGAGGGAGAGAGAGAGAGAGAGAGAGCACCUAACCCUUCCUCGUCCGUCAGCUCCAACAUGCACCGUUUCUGACAGCCAAAGUCCAAGCACGUGACGAUUAAUCGCGAGGCCUGCAAGGUCCGUACGCUCGACGCGCUCCGAGCCUCCGAAUUCGUCGAUGGACUACGAGAAACAGAGGGACGAGGUCACUGCGCUGGAAAGCAUCUACACCGACGAGGAAUUCUCGUAUCACGAGGGGAACGGCCGGUUCGAAUGCACCUUCAAGAUAUUCGUGAAUCUACCGGCGACAUGUCACCUGGCGUACAGGGAUCUGAGGUGCGAGGCGGAGCCGGCGCAGGAGGUGCAGAUCUCGUAUCUGCCGCCGUUGACGCUGCACGUGACGCUGCCGGAGGACUAUCCGUCCAAGUUGGCGCCCGCGUUCAUGCUGUGCUCCACGUGGCUGAGCCCGGCGGUGCUGUCUAAGCUGUGCAGGAGGCUCGACUCGCUAUGGGAGAGCAGCAGGCAGGAGAUCCUGUUCACGUGGGUGGAGUUCCUCCAGGACAAGACGCUCGGCAUCCUGAAGUUCAAGGGCCGCCUGGACAUGGACGGCAUGUACACGUCUUACAAGAGAACGCUGGAGAAGCUGCAGCAGGGCCCGCAGGCGAACAAGGAGCAGGCGAGCGAGGCCGGCAGAGAGAGCGGCGCGUCGAAGAAGGCCGUCGACAAGAGGGCCAUUCUGGACUGUCCGAUCGGCAGGAACCCCAUCCAGGCGUUGGUCGACUACAACGAGAAGCGAAAGCAGAUCGAGUUCAAGAAGAACUUCUACACGUGCAUCAUCUGCUUCACCGACAAGUCAGGGGAGCAUUGCACGCAGUUUCUGCCAUGCGCCCACACCUUCUGUAAGGAUUGCAUCCGGGGUUACUUCGAAGUUAAGAUAAAGGAGGGAAGCGUACGAAAUAUUCCCUGCCCCGAAGAAAAGUGCAAGUUCGAGGCUACGCCCGGCCAGGUAAAAGAGCUGGUAAGUUCGGAGUUGUUCUCAAAGUAUGAUUCCUUAUUGUUAAGUACUACGUUAGAUACCAUGAUGGAUAUAGUUUACUGUCCGAGACGACAUUGUCAGUAUCCAGUCACUUGCGAUCCCGAGGACAACAUGGGCAGGUGUCCCGUUUGUCAGUACGCCUUCUGCGUUCGUUGUAAGAUGGUUUAUCACGGGAUAGAACCCUGCAGAAUUAGUUCAGCUGAGAAGCAAAAGUUGCUGAAGGAAUAUCAGUCGGCCAGCAACGAGAAGAAGGCCGAGAUGGACAAGUAUUACGGCAAGAAGCUUCGAACGAUGAUGGAGGACGUAAUGUCCGAGAAUUGGAUUAGCGACAAUAGUCACAAUUGUCCGCACUGCAAAACUGCGAUCGAGAAAUCCGACGGCUGUAACAAGAUGACGUGUUCGCAUUGCGGCACGUAUUUCUGUUGGCUGUGCGGCCUGCGGCUGAAACCCGAGGCGCCUUACUUACACUUUAGAAAUCCGGAAUCCCCGUGUUACAACAUGCUUUAUCGCGGCGUGAUACCCGACGAGCUGGACGACGACGACGAUUUCGAUUUUCCCGCUGAAUACCUGGACAAUUAUUCAGAGGACGAGGAGCACGGCAACGAUGAAGAUUUCGUCUUGGAAUACGACGACUGAAUCGAUGGACUUGAACUUUACAUAGUACACUUUUAUCGUUGGAAUUUUUUUUAAAUGUUAAUCGUGAACAUAAUUAGAUAAUUUAUCUUUUUACCGGAUGUAUUGUGGUUAAAUUAAAUCUUCAAGAUCAUGUGAGCGUUUUUAUGGACGCACGAGUUCAAUUAUAAACCGCUAUUGUAAAACGAAUUGUAAAAUAUAACUAAUUAUUUUUUCAAUAGCA